GCGGCGGAGUGGGAGGAGGCUGGCGGCUCUCGGCGCUCGCUGGCAGGAGGCGCAGAGCGCGGCGGGGCGGAGGGGCCAUGGUCGCCCGUUAAUGGGGCAGGGGAGCUCGCGUGGGGUCUGCGCUCGGAGGCGUGGUGGGACGAAGAUGACGAUGCUGCUCGGGGAGGCCGACCGGUUGCUGCCGAGCCAGCGUAGGCCAAGCAUGGAGCCGCGGCAGCUGCUGUAGGCGCCGCCGGGAAGAGGAAGGGGACAAGCAAGCUGAAGAAACAGCCAGAAGCCCCCACCCCCGGGCUGGGGCGGAGACGCAGCGCAUCGGGCCAGUCUACUACGUAUUUCCUGAAAACAAACAGAAUGGCUGCAAAGGAGAAGUUGGAAGCAGUGUUAAACGUGGCCUUGCGGGUGCCAAGCAUCAUGCUUUUGGAUGUCUUGUACAGAUGGGAUGUCAGUUCUUUCUUUCAGCAGAUCCAAAGAAGUAGUCUCAACAACAAUCCCUUGUUCCAGUACAAGUACUUGGCCCUUAAUAUGCAUUAUGUCGGUUAUAUCCUAAGUGUUGUACUCCUAACCUUACCCAGACAACACCUGGUUCAACUUUACCUGUAUUUUCUGACUGCACUGUUGCUGUACGCUGGGCAUCAGAUCUCCAGGGAUUAUGUGAGGAGUGAGUUGGAGUCUGGAUAUGAAGGGCCAAUGUACUUAGAACCUCUAUCCAUGAAUCGUUUUAUGACAGCCUUAAUAGGUCAGCUAGUAGUCUGCACCCUUUGCUCCUGCGUCAUGAAAACCAAACAGAUCUGGCUCUUCUCUGCUCACAUGCUCCCUCUGCUGGCGCGGCUUUGCCUUGUCCCUCUGGAAACUAUUGUUAUCAUCAACAAAUUUGCUAUGAUUUUCACUGGCUUGGAAGUUCUCUACUUUUUGGCAUCCAAUCUUCUUGUACCAUAUAAUCUUGCAAAAUCUGCAUAUAGAGAACUUGUUCAGGUGGUUGAGGUGUACGGCCUUUUGGCCUUAGGAAUGUCUCUGUGGAACCAGUUGGUGGUCCCUGUUCUCUUCAUGGUCUUCUGGCUUGUAUUGUUUGCUCUUCAGAUCUACUCCUACUUCAGCACACGGGAUCAGCCUGCCUCUAGGGAGAGGCUUCUCUUUCUCUUUCUAACCAGUAUUGCAGAAUGCUGUAGCACUCCCUAUUCUCUCCUGGGCUUGGUGUUUACAGUCUCUUUUGUUGCACUGGGAGUUCUAACUCUCUGCAAGUUUUAUCUGCAAGGCUACCGAGCAUUCAUGAAUGACCCUGCUAUGAAUAGAGGGAUGACAGAAGGUGUCACACUUUUAAUUCUAGCCGUGCAGACUGGCUUGAUAGAGCUGCAGGUUGUCCAUCGGGCUUUCCUGCUCAGUAUUAUCCUCUUCAUUGUGGUUGCAUCUAUCCUGCAGUCAAUGCUUGAGAUCGCUGACCCCAUUGUUCUAGCAUUGGGAGCUUCAAGAGACAAGAGCCUCUGGAAGCAUUUCCGUGCUGUUAGCCUGUGUUUGUUCUUGCUGGUCUUUCCAGCUUACAUGGCCUACAUGAUCUGUCAGUUUUUCCACAUGGAUUUCUGGUUGCUGAUCAUUAUUUCUAGCAGCAUACUCACCUCCCUUCAAGUACUUGGAACGCUUUUCAUUUACGUUUUGUUCAUGGUCGAGGAGUUCAGGAAAGAGCCGGUAGAAAACAUGGAUGAUGUCAUUUAUUAUGUGAAUGGCACUUAUCGAUUACUAGAGUUCCUCGUAGCACUCUGUGUUGUGGCAUAUGGUGUAUCAGAGACUAUCUUUGGAGAGUGGACCGUGAUGGGCUCAAUGAUCAUCUUCAUUCACUCCUAUUACAAUGUAUGGCUUCGUGCUCAAUUGGGAUGGAAAAGCUUUCUUCUCCGCAGAGAUGCUGUGAAUAAGAUUAAAUCACUGCCUACUGCUACCAAAGACCAACUGGAACAACACAAUGAUAUCUGUGCCAUCUGCUAUCAGGACAUGAAAUCUGCGGUCAUCACUCCUUGUGGCCACUUCUUUCAUGCAGGCUGCCUUAAGAAAUGGCUAUAUGUGCAAGAGACCUGCCCCCUGUGCCACUGCCAACUUAAAAACCCUACUCAGCCCCCAGGACUGGGAUCAGAGCUGGUGCCACAACCGAAUCCUGGAGCGGAACCAAAUACUGUUCAGCAAGAGGCAACUGAAACCCCUGGUGUAGAAUGCCAGAACAGGGCAAGAGAUGAACCUAUUGAGAAUGGACAGGCUGUCAAAGGUUUGGGUACCAUACAAGACUCUUUGGACUCCAAGGAUGGGCCUGUCACUCCAGAUGAUGCCUCUUCCUUUGAUGUCAGCCAGGCAGAAAGUGCUAUAGAAGGACUGGCUAAAGAACAGGAAGAGGUGGUGACACGAGACCUUGGGGGUUGUAUCCAGAAUUGAACUAGCAGAGGAUGGUGCAAGGACAACACUCCAGGGUCCCUUGACUCAGCAGACAGAAUCCUACUCUUUGUUGUCUUGAUCAAGUUUAACUCUCAGAAUGCUGGCCAAAAUGUAUUUAUAAUAUCCCAUGCUGAUUUCUGUGAGCUGCUUGGUUUACAGGGCUGCCAGUGCAAUCCACUGGAAACUAUUUUAGAAGCUGCCACCAUGUUGCAAAAAGGGGCAGAAACUGAAAAAAAAUCAUAAAUGAGUAUUGUCAAAAGGGAAAGUUGUAAGAAAAAUAAGAAUGGGAGGGUGUGGGGAGGGGAUGGAGAGAGCCAGGUUGGGUGUGGGGGGAAGACAGUGUUGCUGAAGCGUAGAAGGAAGAAUCAAACAGAAGGACAAAGAUGGGUCUGAACCUCUGGGCUUGGUUUCUCUGAAAUGAUGAGUGUUCUGCCAAGACCAUUGGCAAAGAUUCUGUAGAGCACUGAAGGAGAAAUCAAGGAGUACCAGCACAGAUUGUGUUGGAAGUGGUGCUUUGGGCAAGUUGGGUUAGGGCAGCUGCAUUUGCAUUUGUAUAAUCUAUAGCAACUCUUGACUUUUUACAACAGAGCUGUCAACACUUUUAUGUUUUUGUUAAUGAACGUUCUGGGCAGCACAGGCUGUGUGAAGUGGACUAAAGCUCCAGUGAACGCUCUUGACUCCACCAACAGAGUGCAGGAGAGAUGUGGGAGGAGCUUUAGGAUGCUGAUUGAAGCCUGUUGGUGCUGUUCAGUUUGGUGUAGUGUCUAAUUUUUUGCAGCUGAAUUAAAGCAGUAUUACUAUCCUGGCGAUAUUUGCACCUUUUGGGAAUGAGUACAUAAUCUGUAUGAUCAAAUGCCGCAAAUGCCACUCCUAAAGCUGUUAAUAGGAUUUGCACCUUUUUUCCUUCUUUUUUCCCUUUGACAACUGUGUGUGUGUAUUUAAAUUUUUACAUUCAUCAUGGCUUUCAGGUAGAAAUAGGGACUGGGGAGAGGGAUGGGAGCUGACAAAUUUUUUAUGUGAAUUUUGAUAUGAAAAACAACUAGUCACUUAUUUAUACACUAGGCUUGGCUCAAAGAAAGUGUGUUUUUGUUUUCCUCAAAAGUUGUUGUUCCUAACGUGAUAUGUGACAUUUUAUUUUUUAGCAGUGAAUUUGGAUGUAGACUGACAGAGAUAGGUGAAUGUCUCAAUAAACUACAUUUGAAGAUUUUUUA